UUAUCAAUGCAGACCCACAGCCCCUCAGUUCCGGGGGGCACGACAGUAAUAACAGCAAAUGUGCAGAGCCGCGCCACACACGCAACUCCAGGCUCUGAAUGAUUGAAGGAAAGAGCCGACGCGGGAAGACCCGCACCUUGGCGCGCCCAUAGCGGAGCAGACGAGGGGUGCCCGGCACGUCGCUGCCGUGCGGCCCCGGAGGGCGGGCGGCCGCCAUCAGCUCCCGCGGUCCCGCCCCCCGCCCGUGGAGCCCGGCCGGGAUGGCGGCGGCGCGGGGCCGGGUGCUCUGUCUCUUCGACGUGGACGGGACCCUGACGCCGGCCCGGCAGAAAAUCGAGCCGGAGGUGGACGCGUUCCUGCGGGAGCUGCGGGAGAGGGUGCACAUCGGCGUGGUGGGAGGCUCCGACUAUGCCAAGAUAGCCGAGCAGCUGGGAGAAGGGGACGAAGUCAUUGAUAAGUUUGACUACGUCUUUGCAGAGAACGGCACAGUGCAAUACAAGAAUGGGCAGCUGGUCUCCAAGCAGGCCAUUCAGGACCACCUGGGGGAGGAGCUGCUGCAGGAUCUGAUCAACUUCUGUCUCAACUACAUGGCGCUGCUGAAGCUGCCCAAGAAACGAGGGACCUUCAUCGAGUUUCGCAAUGGAAUGUUGAACAUCUCCCCCAUUGGUCGCAGCUGCACCCCAGAGGAGCGAAUUGAGUUCUCGGAGCUGGACAAGAAAGAGCGGAUACGGGAGAAGUUUGUGGCAGCCUUGCAGAGGGAAUUUGCUGGCAAAGGCCUGCGUUUCUCUCGAGGUGGCAUGAUCAGCUUUGACGUCUUCCCAGAGGGCUGGGACAAGCGCUACUGCCUCAAUGUGCUCGACGACGAGAGAUUUGACACCAUCCACUUCUUUGGGAACGAGACAACCCCUGGAGGGAACGAUUAUGAAAUCUAUGAUGAUCCCCGCACUGUAGGACACAGUGUCCAGUCCCCCCAGGACACCGUCCAGCGAUGCCGCGAAAUCUUCUUUCCAGAAAGAGCAAACGAGUGCUGACUGCCCGGUCCCUGCAGCCCUGCCCCAGUCCCACCCUCCCCCCACCAGGAAAAGCACCUUCAUUUGAGGAAUCUGCUCAGGGUAGACCAAAAAAGCCACUUUACAGAGCUGGUCAGGAUGUAACAGUGAGUGUAGGUGGGUGGGUGGCAGGAGGGGGUCUUGGCUGAGCAGCCCCUCAGUGCUCCCUGUGGGUGGCUGGGGGUCAUGGCACCAGACCCUCCUCGCCUCCAGAGAAACUUCUCUUGACAGUUCAGCUGUGGUGGGUGGUGAUGCAGAUGCUUUUGUGGUUGGAAAGCAUUUGAAAGGGCCAAAGAGUGCGUGUGUGUCUCUCCUGCAGCUCCCUCUGCUCUUCUUUUCUACUCGGUUUCUCUUAACACUUGUGCAUGAGGGAACAUGUGGCUCACCUUCUUCUCCCCCUUGCACCUUGGCCAGAGAGGCUGGGGCUGCUGAGGCUCGAGGCAUUCACCAGAGCUCCUCUGAGGUAGGAGGCCAGGAAGGCUGUUUGCUGCAAGCCUGUGGUAGGAAGGAGUAGCUGAGAUCCCAGCUUGUUGCACCAUUGUGCUUUCUGAUGUCACCAUGUCCUUCCCCUCAGUGCCACAGUGUGCCAGUCCGUCCCUGCAGAUGACCUGGGAACUAUAGCUUUGACAUGACUGGGCUGCUGCUCUGAAUUUUGCUUGGGUGCAUGAAGAAACCAGUUAUUCUCUUUUGCUUACAAAGAACACCUAGAGUUUAUUCUCUAUAUUAUUCUCUAUUUUCAAGUCAGACCUUGCCUGUCACAGGUGAAGGAUCCUGACGCUUCAUGCUAUGGAACAGUUUGGGGUAGAAGGCUUUCCACUGGUCUUCCUGCUCCUGUGUCCAUUGGGCAUCACAGAAUUGUUAGGGUUGGAAGGGACCUCUGGAAAUCAUCUAGUCCAACCCUCCUGCCAAGGCAGGGUCACCCUGAGCAGGUGACAGGAAUGUGUCCAGGUGGGUUUUGAAUGUCUCCAGAAAGGACAACUCCCCAGUCUUCCUGGGCACUCCUUGUUCCAGUGCUCUGCCACCCUCAACAUAAAGAAGUUCUUCCUCAUGUUGAGGUGGAGCCUCAUGUGUUUUAUUUUAUGGCCAUUCCUCAUUAUCGUGUUUGGUGGGCACCACCAAAGAGAAUCUGGCACCAUCCACUUGGCAUCUGCCUUUAAAAUAUUUAUAUACAUUAAUGAGAUCCUCUCUCAGUCUUCUUUCUCUAGAUUAAGCAGGCCCAGCUCUCACAGUCUCUCCUCAUAAGAGAGAUGUGUCCUUAUAAAACCUUACCCAGGGCAUUUGUAAUAGACCAAGUCUCCUUCCCUUCCCAGUGCUCAGCUUUCCAGAGCUCAGCUUUCUCUCAGCUGCCAGGGACAUUUUCAGCAGAGGCCAACACCAGCCAUACCUGGUACCUGGAGGUACCCGCUCAGCAGUGCCCUCCAAGCUUGCUCUUCCCCCCAUCUCAUCCCACACACUCAGUUUACAAGCUCACCUUUAGAGAGACAGGAUGUCCAGUGCAAUUGUCAUAUGUCCUGUUCCUCUCCCUGGAUCUUUGUGGGUUGCAAGCCCACAUCUCUCCUUCAGCCUUAGACCUUCUCCCUCACACUGUCCUUUUAUUCCGAGCAUUUGCAUUGUGGUGUGUGGCCACAAUGGUGACACGUCCUGACUUGGUGCCCAAAAGGAGCUCAGGGAUCCCCACCAGGGAGAUGUCAUGCUCGUAGCUCCCCAGGGUACACAGAUCUGGUGUUUGUGGACCUGGAGAAUGUUGGAGGUUCCUACAAACUCUCCCUCAUUGUUCCCCAGGAGUCUUUCUCACCCCAUCCCUGCUGGUAUGGCACUGCCCCGUCUCUUGGUCCUGUUUUCUCUCCCCUUUUUCUUCUGUUCCUAGUUUCCUCAUCAUGGCUCUCCGUUUUCCACCGGCGGCUGGACUGCAGAGAGAAGUUCCUCAACUGGCAACCGCCACCUACGCAAGGCACCACCAUCCUCCUCAGGCGAGAGACACUGGUGCUUUUAGGCCCAGGGCAGGGCUCCCACACUGCCAUGGGCAGAGUCCCUGGUGGCCCUUGGCACUGCUGCCUGGCCCCAGGAGCAGGGAUACUGCAUGACCAGUGCUGCUGGGGUGCUGUCUCCUCCGCCUGACUGCACCUCCUAACUACAACACAUCAGAUCUCUGAUGCAAUGCAUUUGCAUGAGCACAGUGGUCUGCCCAGCAUCCAGAAAUCCCCAGCAAAUCCACAAAUUCCUCCUUCUACCCAGGAAAGAUUUCUGUGUGGGAGAAGAGGACCUGUUGGAGAAGCUUGUAUGCAGGAUACCCUUUGCACAGGUCACGGGUUUUGGCCCUCCACUGCAACCUUUGUGGUGGAAUUGUGUUUUGUGAUUCCCUCCUCUCUGUUUCACUGUGGAUCAGGUUAUGUGUGAGUCUUGGGGAGUUCAAUUUUUCCUGUAAGUCUAUUCAUAGCCAGCAGGACCUCUAGAGAGCUUAGUGAUGAGUGAAGAGCAGGGUCUGGCCCUAAUGGCACGGGGCCAUGGUGGCUUUGGGGGUUGAGGUGACUUGCACCUUUGAAGGGAAAGGCAUUUCAUGCCUGUCCCUGAGACCCCUUUCCUGUGAUGCUCCUCUCAUGGUGGGUGCCCAGAGCGUAAGUGGAGUUUUCUCCCCAUGGAUGUGAGCGAGCAGACGUGGCAGGCCCCACGCCUGGGACUGCCUUGCUGUAUGGAUCCAUAUCAGUGUGAGAUGGGCAGUUCCUGUCUGGCUGAUGACAACUGUUAAAUGAGAAAUUUAUUUAAAUACACAGAUAUGUAUAUUAAAAAAAUGAAAAUCAAUCCUAUUAAAGCCACAACACGCAGCAGUUGGAGGCAGUGUGUGCUUUGUGCUGGGCUGUGCGGGGUG